CCCAGACGAUCGGAUAUCCCCAGAUCCCCUCCACAUCAUCAUCAUCAAAAUCGUCAUCACCUUAUUGAAGCAUUCCACUCGACAGCAUGAUGGGACACAAAUAUGUCAAGAGCGCUUGUUUGAACUGCAGAAGACGGAAGGUCAAGUGCGAUGGCAAUGACAUUUGCUCCAAUUGUAUAAACUCCAAGCUCGAAUGCUCCUACAAUGCUGAUGGAGACAUGAGAAGACAAUCAGCCAAGAAGGCAAUCGUCAGCCUUGAAGCGCGCAUCGCUCAGCUCGAAGGUGUCCUACGAGAACACAAUAUUGAUCAGCCCCAACCGUCACCGGAAUCACCAACCAGAUAUACAACCGCCUCCAAACCUCGAUCGACCGUAUCGGAGGCACAUUCAGGGACCGAUACUGACCAGAACCAGACCGAAAGGCGUCGACCUGGAAAGAAAACCUCUUCUGCACGAGUGGAGAGUCCUUCGACACACUUCAUUAAUAAUGGAUCCUUUCAACCCUUGGAGGCACCGGAGACUGCUCAAAGCUCCCAGGUAAAUCGGGAUUUAGCUGCAGAUCUACCGAACACAGAAGACCACUUCGUCAUGGUUGGCACUUCGAGUAUGCCGAGUCCCCAGUCGGCAAGUCUCGCACAAAGCGGAGUUCAUGAGUCAGAAGAUGGAGAUAGUAGCAUCACAGACAUUCUAUCAGCACGAAUGGGUGCGCUCAGGAUUGUAGAGGAUGGACAGCUUCGAUACUACGGACCGACGUCGAACCUUCACAUGUAUGCAGACGGACUUCAAUCAUUGUCCAGCCCAUCGUUUCGCCGAGUAUCGAUUGAAGGGAUGGAUGUUCUUCGGCGACUCGGAUUGGACCUGGACAUGUCACUGGACCUCGAAACCCACCUGGCAGGGCUCUACUUUGCCUGGGAAGAUCCGGCAAUUCACGUCGUUGAUGAAGAUGUCUUUUUCGCUGAGAAGAGACGCUGUCUAUUGCAGGAAACAAGCAGUCCCUACUAUUCCGAAACACUCAACAAUGCAAUAUGCGCCAUCGGAGCUUGUCUAGCCAACGGCGAAAAGCUCAAAAUCCCCGAACCCGCUGCAGAGUUCUUCUCUGCUCGAGCAAAAGCACUUUUGGACGUCGAGAUGGAUAGCCCUACUGUGGCGACAGUUCAGGCACUUGUAAUAAUGAGUGCUACUGAAGCUGCCUCUACUCGAGAUGCUCGUGGCUGGCUCUACAGUGGCAUGGCUACUCGGUUGAGCGCCGACCUGGGACUUCACUUGGACAUCAGCAACCACAUUAGCAACGGGCUCUUGACAGAGCGUGAUAUGAAGAUUCGACAAACAGCUUUCUGGGGGGUUUUCAUCCAUGAACAUAUGUGGAACCUAUACGCUGGCCGACCAUGGGGACUAGGGGUUCAAAACAUUACAAUCCCAAUGCCAGAGAUUGAAACAAGUGAUAGCAACUGCAAAGAAUGGAAGUCUUACCCACCUUCUGUCUGGCAGGCAAAUGACCAGGAGGAUACUGUUUUAUUCCCCGUUGGUGCUUGCACAGCAGCCAAUGUCCAACUCUGCGAGUACAUGCGGCAGAUCAAUACCACUCUAUAUGCUGGACGGACGCUGGGGCUGACCGACCUGGUCGAGUUUCUUCUCAACACCAAGCAGGACAUGACCAACUGGCAUGAAGGCUUAUCCUCGUUGAUUGACGUGAAUCACGCGAGUACUGAUAAGAUCUAUCAUCCUGCUGUAUUACAACUCCACAUGCAAUAUUAUGCCACCCUUAUCUUUCUGUAUCGACCAUAUCUGUCUUACCAAAUCGCUUCACAAAUAUCAACAUUAGACAAAGCAGAAAGCAGAGCAGCCAUGUCGAGCGUGCCUAGUGAUUGCGUCUCGGCAGCCCACCAAGUAGCAGAGCUCCUCCGAUGCUACCAACAACAGCACUCUUUUCGGCGAGCAAAUGUUCAGAUUGUCCACAUUAUCCUCACCGCUUCUCUUAUAUUCAUACACGACGUCUGCACUCGUAACUACAGUGAGUCCCGGCAUUCUCUAAACGACCUACAGCUUUGCUGUCAUUCGCUGGGGGAAAUCGGUCGCUGCUUCGGAAAUGCAACCCGAGCGUUGGAAGUCAUCAUUCUCGUCAAGAGUGAAUGGCAGAGAAUAGCAACUGCUCGACGAGUUCAAAAGGCAGGAACUAAACGGCAGAGCUUUAGCAUGUCCAAAGGCGCUGAUGAGCGUGACGAUAACAAUGACGGAGGUAGACCAAGGCAAAGAUAUCGCACCUUGGAUCGAGCCAGUUCCAUUCUCCAGGCAUCUGAUAUAGGCACACGUUCUGGCUUGGUGAACGAUCAUACUGGUCUCCCCCAACAAAGACCGUUGGAUCUUGACGGGAUGAACCUAGACGAGUUCAAUUUGGAGAGCCAAUAUCAAGACAUGUGGGCUUUCUCAGCUGAGCACGACUUUGAUCUACACGAGGCCAUUCCGCCUAUCGAUUGGUUCAACAAUCAGCUGCUUGAGGGGUCUCACAUAUCAAUAACGAAUAUGAUGGGUCAAACGAUGACCAACGUCGAUGCUCCUCAGGAUGGAAUUGGCGACAGCUCGCCACAUAAAUCUUGAGGGAUGAGUGGGCGCAGCACUGGCGCUCGCGUGCUGUUGCUUUUUGUACAAUAGCAUCGGGAACGCAACUCCGUUACAGGGGACUUGGCAUGCACUUUGCAGGGAAGUGUAUUCCACGGUAGUUACGAGUUACAAGCUCAGUCAAUAAAUAUGAAGGAUUAUUUCAUCCGAUUGUAUGCC